AUAAUCUGGCCACUCUGGCAAGGCGGGCAAAUUGUUAGCGGCGUAAAAGUCAUUGUUUUAUUUGUAAACAAAAAGAUGGCCGAGACUCAGGAAAUUCCGAUCGAUCGCAAAUUGUCCGAGAUAUUCCAGGAGGCGUACGCCCUGAUGGGCACCCUGGACACCUGCUACGAUCCAACUAACAGCCCCGAGGUUCAGGCCAAGAUCAAAAAGUGCAUCGCUUUGUUCGAGGAUUCUACCCGUCUGGUGAGCUUGUGUGGCCUGUUCAGCAGGAACGAAACGCACGAUGAAGUGGCCACGGACAACUUGCGCUAUUUUUUGCUGCCGUUCUUUCUGGCACAGUUGACGCUGAAGUUGUGCAAUGCCGAGCGGAAGGAGAUUGUUGAGGUGGCGGAGAUUUAUUACAACGAUUUUUUGAGACGCUGUGAAGACUACAAGCUGUGCGAUAAACCAAACGCAGUGUUGGUGGAAGACCACAGCGGUCACGAGGGAGAUAAGUUCCAGGAGUUGACGAGAAUGGCACAGGAGCGGAAUGCAAAGCUGAGAAAGUACCAAGAGAAGAAGGAGCUGGAUGAUCAAAUCAAAAAGUUAAAGAUAGCAAUGGAAAAGGAACAUGUGGACGAUGAGAUCAAGAGAGAUUUUUACCUAAAAUUGUUAAGUUCCUGCAUCAUUGAGGCACAUGAGGAGCUGGUCAGUAUUAGCCAAGAGAAACAGAUCCUGGAUCACCUUGCUGUGAUGCGGAGGGCCAGCGGGGGAGAGGAGUCGAAGAUGCACCCGCCGAAGGGCCCAGCACCGAGACCACUGAAACCGAUCAUCAUUACGAAGGAUGCGCUACAGAAGGCCGUCUACGGAUUGGGUUAUCCAAGUUUGCCGACGAUGACAGUGGCAGAGUUUUACGAGCAGCGUGUUGCUGAAGGAAUUUUCCCCGAUGCCGAGCGGAUGAAGGAAAUUAACAAAAACAGUCUGAUGAAUCGCGUCUAUCAGGACAAUGCAGCGGAGCAGGAUAAGGAAGAUGAAGAAAAGGAAAAACUGGUUGAGGAGGACGAUGAAGAAUAUCUAGCCAGGCAGCGUGCAAAGGAUGAGUUCAAGGACGACCAUCGCCGGGGCUACGGUAAUCGCCACAAUCGCAGCUAAAUUAUUUAUUUUGAUGGGUUUAUACUUUAUCAAAGAUGAAAUUAUCAUCAUCAUCAAUGCAAGCACGAACUGAUUGGUAAAUUCAUGCGUGACUUUUAACUGCGUGUUAGUAAAAAUCGUGAAACAAAACUGAGUAGGGCUUUGAAGAUACUGAAAUAAUAUUAAAUAAAGAUUAAGCGCUCAGAAAAAAGAA